UUUUAUUUGACAACUAUUUAUAGAGCACCUGCUGUGUGCCCGUGGCAGUGCUAGUGCUGGGGAUAUGGUGGAAAACGAGGUUUCUACCCUGUGGACCUCAGGUCCUCACCUUGGAGCUCACUGUCAGCCCCAGUGGUCCAGGCAGGCCAGAGGCUGGUGGGAUUACUGGGUUUCAUUACUGCCUACAGCUCCCCUGUUGGGAAGGUACUAGACUGGCCCUUCCAUCUUCUCCCUUUUCCUUUUGAGCUCCCAGGGCUGGAGUGUGCUGGCUCAAGUGCACUGCCCAUGGGUGCCUGUGAUCCCUUAGGCUUGAUGAACCUGAGCUUCCUCUAAGGAAGUGCACUUCUCACUGCCACAAUCUAGAUCUGGAACAGGGCCUGCACAGCUAAAGUCUGUUUGUUCUCUGUGCGUGCCAUUCUUUAAGGCCACUUGCAUGGCCCCAAGUAAGAUUUCCGUUUUUAAGACCAGCAUGGAAGUGCCUGCUCUGUUGUUACUCUCACACUAUAGACAAAUCCCUCACUGGCAGAGUUGGGAGGAUUUUGCUCAAGAUUGAUAUUCCCAUUAGCAGAGCAGUUUCCAUCAAAAUAAUGUGCUUGCCUCCCAUCUGAUGGCUCAUUACUCUCCUCCUCUGUGCCAUUAUCUAGCUUGGUUCUAGCCAAGAAGGGGGUUUAGAACAUAGAGUGCAAGUACAUUCCAAAGUUGUAGUUAAAAGAUUAUCCUUUGCCUCCGAAGAUGGGAACACUCAAGUAUUGCCUGUUGGACAUCAAACCCACCAAGGAUAAAACCUCUUCCCAAUCUGGAACUUGGAGGGUUAUCAGACUUGAGUAGGGAAAGCAGAGAGAGGAGUGUGGGUGAUAACUAGGAGUGGAAAAAUUGAUGUCAAGGACAUGGAAACACCAUCUGUUUUUACCCAGGCUAAUUACAUGUGUAAUGAAUAACUGAUGAACCCUUGUUAAUUUCAAGCAAAUAAUCUACAGUUUGCUUCUGGGAAAAGAGCCUAGCAGUACAAAUAACUUCCUAUGAUAAACCAAUUCUGGACCUCAGCACACACUUUAUUCCUAUAUAAAUGAACAAAUUGUCUCCACACUACUUUAAAAUUAUUGUAGGAACAUAAGAGAUGGAAGCAUUCAGGGAAAAACAAGGGUGUUAUUUUAUGCAUAGAUAGCCAUUCUUUGGGGUUCCCAUCAUGUGUUAGGGACAUAAGCAUUCUUUCUCUUCCAUUACCCGUAAUCAGUGCUCCCAGCUGACAGCCUGGCACUGGUGCCUGUCUCAUUGCCAGUGCAAUACUACAGUGAUUUGUGGGAGGCUGGCUCUGCAGUAGGUACAACUUUGUUCCCAAGGGAAACAACUACUGAUUCCAUGUAUGUUCUCUCCAAUGGGAACUCUGGUCAUGGAAGGAGAAUAUGGGGGGCUUUUCCUGGGCAGUCCUUAGAACUUAGGAAACCAUUGCUCUUGACCUCGUGCCCACUUACCCUUACCCAGUGGUUGCACACAGACUCCCCUCUGGCCCAGUGCUUAUCACUGUUGCUGGCCAACAGUGGCCCUGGGGAUUGGAAACACCCACUUAGGAGUCUGCCAGGCCAGGAGGUCAGCGUGUGAGCACACAAUGGUCUGUGCCCUCUAGGCCAGGGUACACAGAUGGCUGGAGUGUUAGGGCCCUUUGCCUCACUUCAGAUCAGCCUAGAAACCAGAGCUCCCCUUAGUGAAACAGAUGGCUGUGGGCGAUUUCAGAGAACUGCUGCUGAAAGCUGCUUCCAUUCUCUCCCUUCUCACCAAAAUCACACACCCCACUUACUCUCAAUUACAGCAUCUGAGACCACCAAGCUCCAGAGGUCACAGCUACUCCUGAUCCUGCCUCCUUUCCCCUUUCUGGCUUCUGCAAACUAGCCACUAACCAGAGGGAGCCCCUAGUGUGGUAGUUUAAAUCCCCAAGGAAGAACUGAAGGAUGCUGAAAGCCUCUCAAGGACAGUGAACACUUCAGUGCCGUUUCUCUCCUGUCCUUCCUUGAGGCCAGAGUCUGCAAAAGGAGACUUGUGGGCAUCAGAGCCUCUUACUUUGACCUUUUCCACCCUCCCUUCCUGGAAGACAUUCAGCUGGAGAUACUGUGAGACUGUCUCCCUGGGCGCCCGCCUCCCCACACACCCCUGGGGGGCGGAGCUUGGCUGCACCCACGUGUGGCGGAGUUAUAUGCUCCUAGUGGAGAGAGAGGAGCUGGGGAGUGUGGAACCAGCUGGCUCAGGCAGAAAAGCGGCACCAUGACGGGCAAGAAAGUCUGCAUUUUAGGCUCUGGAAACUGGGGUUCAGCCAUUGCCAAGAUUGUGGGUGGCAAUGCAGCCCGGCUGGCACACUUUGACCCACGGGUGACCAUGUGGGUGUUUGAGGAAGACAUCGGGGGCAGAAAGCUGACAGAGAUCAUCAAUACACAGCAUGAAAACAUCAAAUACCUGCCAGGGCGCAAGCUUCCCCCCAACGUGGUGGCUGUCCCAAAUGUGGUCCAGGCUGCAGUGGAUGCUGACAUCCUGGUCUUUGUGGUGCCCCAUCAGUUCAUCAAGAAGAUCUGUGAUCAGCUCAAGGGCCACCUGAAGGCAAACGCCAUCGGGAUAUCUCUUAUUAAGGGUAUAGACGAGGGCCCCAAUGGGCUGAAGCUCAUCUCUGAACUAAUUGGGGAGCAGCUGGGCAUCUCCAUGAAUGUGCUGAUGGGUGCCAACAUUGCCAACGAGGUGGCUGAUGAGAAGUUUUGUGAGACAACCAUUGGCUGCAAGGACCUGGCCCAUGGACAGCUUCUGAAAGAGCUGAUGCAGACACCCAAUUUCCGCAUCAGGGUGGUGCAAGAGGUGGACACAGUAGAGAUCUGUGGGGCCUUAAAGAAUAUAGUGGCUGUGGGGGCUGGCUUCUGUGAUGGGCUGGGCUUUGGAGACAACACCAAGGCAGCGGUGAUCCGAUUGGGGCUCAUGGAAAUGAUCACCUUCGCCAAGCUCUUCUGCAGUGGCCCUGUGUCCUCUGCCACCUUCUUGGAGAGCUGUGGUAUCGCUGACCUCAUCACUACCUGCUACGGAGGGCGGAACCGCAAGGUGGCUGAGGCCUUUGCCCGCACAGGAAAGUCCAUUGAGCAGCUGGAGAAAGAAAUGCUGAAUGGGCAGAAGCUGCAGGGGCCCCAGACAUCCCGGGAGCUACACAGCAUCCUCAAACAAAAGGGCCUGGUGGAUAAGUUCCCUCUGUUCGUAGCUGUGUACAGAACAUGCUAUGAGAGCCAGCCAGUGGGUGAAUUCAUCCAGUGCCUGCAGAAUCAUCCAGAACAUCUGUGAUCAGGGCUGUGGCCCAGGCCAGGCAGCUUCUUUACCCCAGUGGAGACAGACAGAAGCUUGUGUACCUGGCCACCAGGAUCUCUGGGACUCCCCACAGAGCAGCCUCUUCUCUGUUUUUCACCGGAGGACAGGAGGCUGUGGGGCCCAGCAACCUGUCUGGAGACCCUGAACCACCAAGCAGCCUGCAGCUUCUUGCCACAUCUCCAGAUGUGGGGCUUUCUCCCGUCCUCUGGGAAGCUUGGGUGUGUGUGGUAGGGCAGAGGGUGGAGGGAGAGAGAGGUAAGGCAAUGGCUGCCCGCUGCUGCUUCACACAGAACAGGAAUCCUGUCCCCAAUCCCAGUUAAGUGGCUAAAGAACAAUUUUAGCCACAUGAGGGAUAAGGCAAGGGCUGUCAGGGAGAGGUCUGGGCUUUUGAGCUGACAUAGGGACUCCUUUGCUUUGUCUGACCUCUGCCAGGCCCUGCACAGCAUCAAUGGAUCUCAGUGUUUGUUAACAAAAUACAAAGAUCUCAACCCCCUUCUAACUUCUCCUAGCAACAUCUGUGUCCUCAGAAAUCUCUGGUUAUUCCCUUUCCCCUCCCCCAGGCUGCCCUGGCACCAGAGUUGCUGCCAUGCUGGCAUCUCUGGCCCUGGGGCUUGUCAUUCUCCCCAUGGACUUCCUGGUUCCUAGUUCUUUGCCAGCUCCUCCCCACUAUGCGUGACCUUUCCAAGCCUUCUCUCACUCUCCCGCCAGCACCCUCUUUGGGGAGCAAGAACUUAAUCUGCUGACAGAGCUACACCUUUUCACAGCAGGCUCAGAUCACUCUGCUCCCAGUGACCUUUGGAUUUGCCCUGCCUCCCUUCUCCGGAGCUCCAGUGGCAGGGGAGGUUUCAGCUGCGUCCCUCCUGCUGUCUCCCCAGAACAUCCUUGGCUCCACCCCUUUUCUUCUCCCAAACCCUGUACCUAUUUAUUACCUGCCUCCAGAGCAGCCAGGGCAGCUUACCAGCACCUGCAUUUAGAGGGCAGAUGGCCAGAGAGUGGCCUAAAGGCUGAUCAGGGGCAGGGGAGGAUGACUAUGUCCCCAUGUUGGUGGGUCCUGACAUUCCAAGGCCAGCUCUCCUGUCAUCUGCCUUGUCAUAAAGUAUAUAUCAGCACCUCAAGAGCUAGGCAACUCAAGGAGGAGGAAAAAAGUUAAAACCACCCUAUCUCCUAAAGCA